ACUGUGGAAGGGGAUCCAGGAUGUUGAUCCACUUCCAUAGCAAGAGUUAGGCUGCUCUUCGAUCAGUGUCUUGGGUAAUGUCCACAUCAGCAGAUGUUGGAUGCACAGCUUCUGGAAGCAGAAUGUUGAACAGAAGGUUGUAUGGAACAUAAAAUUGGCCCAUCUGUGGCAGAGGAGGACCCUAAUGAGAUCACUCUUGAUUGACGUGCCCUUCAUAAUGUGACCCAUCCAGAAACUCUACUUUGAUCACGGCACAUCCCAGAGGGCGAGUGAUGGUGGCCUGUAUCCAGUAGGAGUGUCCACUUGUGAAAGUCAGGACCCUUAUUGGGUUCGUGUAUGGAAAACCUGUGAUGGUGAGACUGUCAGAAAGGUGGAGUGCAAAGGGGUAGCCAGUGAGAGUGUCUGAUUGUAAAAGUGAAGUCCUUUAAUGGAUCAUGUAUGGGAAAUCUGUGAUGGCAAGAUGGUCAGGAAAGUGGAGUGCAGAGGGGUGGAUGACGAAUAGUUGUGAUUGAUGAGGACAGCUGUGCUGACUUUUGGCAGGGAAUGUACCUUCUUGAGGUGUAGCUCAGAGGGAAGAAAGGAAAAGGUGUUUUGCCUCAUUGAUGGGAUGGUAAUGACAUAGCUGAGUCAUCUGAUUUUUGAAGAUAUGUGUAAACCUUUCCACCAUCCCAUUUGAGGCUGGAUGCACAAGAGCAAUACCCUCACUGGUGCAUAAAUGAAAAAGUAAAUUUCUCAUGCUGACUGCCAACUCUUCAGUGGGGCUCCUGCUACUUCUUCAACACAAAGAUAUCAUAACUAAACUUUUCCAACAAAAUAUUAAUGAAAUUCCAUCCUUUACUUCAUAUUUCUUAUCAUCAAUUAUCCCCACCAUUUGCAAUGUUCUGGAUGUUACUGUGGAGAUCUGCUUAUUGUUGUCUCAGUUGUCAUGGUGCAUUGAACGAAAUGAUGCAAGGUUGUGGAAUAAGAAACAGCAACAACUGCUUAAUGCUGUCUUUUCUACUGCCACAACACUAACAGGAGCAAAAGGCAUCUUGGAUGUACCACCAGAAAAAUUAGAGACAGUGCCAGAAGAUAAUGUAUUUCCAUACAAGCAAAUAUCAGAGUUAAUUUCUCUGGAAGAUAGAACAGAACCUUGGCAUAGUUUAUGCUUGUGGAUAUUACAAGGAUUAAAUGCAAAUCUAGACAUUUGUUUGCAUAUAGAAACAAAGUUUGGGAUAGAGAGCAAGCUUCUACAGCUGCAAGAGGAAAAUGCUAGAGCAAAGAGUGAUAUUAAUCAAGAUUUGUUGAAACCUAAUAAGUUGCACAUUGUUGUUGACAAGUGCAGUCUCUUACGGCAUUGUAUUCUAUUUCACCUUUAUGCACCAAGUGGACCAAAUGAAUGUAUUGCUGUGUCGUGCAAUGAAAUCAGGAGGACCAGUGAUGACAUUGUAGCUGAACUCAGAACAGUUCCUUUUCUGGACUUUCAAAGGCAUCUUCCAUCACCUGAAUCUCAAGAAACUAGCCAAUAUGAAGACAACAGUGAAUUACAAAGGGUACUCCAAGAUAAAGGACUGCAUGACAGUCAAUGGUUACAGCAAGUACGCAGAGCUUUUAAGGCAUCAUCUGAAAAACAUAUAAAUGGUACUGUUGUCAACAGAAUUGUAGGAAAUUUGUCUGAAUACUAUAGAAACUCUAUACCAAGUAUUGAUUGGAGUAGUACUGCAGAUCAUAGCUUAUGGCCAGAGGAACAGCUUGGGAUUCGUAUGACUGUGAGAUAUGGCAUAGCAGUGAAACUUUUGGAUUCCCAGCAACAGCAUGAACAUAAUCUUACUCUUAUGCUCAGAGCUGGUAUUACUCGAAAUAAAUUUGAGUUCCAAAGAUUUGACUGGUUUGCAGCAUCUGUAUAUAUACUGUGCUCUGGUGAUAUGGAGAGAUGUAUCCAGUUCUUGGGAAAUGCAGCUAACCUACCAUGUUCACCUUUGAUUUGGCCAGCAAUGGCUGAACAUAUUGGAUAUUCAAAUAUUAAUCUUGCAUUUUGCCAUGUCUUGGAAUACACAGCAGAUAGAGAGAUUCCUGAAGUUUGUGCAGCAAUGAAAAUGUUGAAUGUACCAUGGGCACAAAUUUGUUAUUCAUGGGUUGCCCAGAAUUUUUGGUCUAUACUGGACUGGGCUCAGAUCUGUCACUGGCUACUACUGUGCAUGCUCUAUCCACCAGAAAUUAUUGUUUACUUUUGUGUCAGUUUAAUCCAUCAUAUACAGUCACAUAUAUUAGAUGCUGCAUCCUGUGGCGAAAUUUGGAACUGCCUAAAGGACCCUCCAUUUUCAAAAUAUAAAGUGAGUGAAAAUAUACAUUACAUGGAGACACUAUUGCAGAGCUAUCAAGCAGAUUCAUUGACAGAAUUACUUAAGUACACAAAGUUAAGCAAUAAAGAUGUAUAAGAUGCACCAAUAAUAAAAAUUAUGGAAUUU